AUGAGCUGGAACAAGGACUUUCAAUUUCUCAUCUUCACGGACCAGUCUCCCUCAGAAUGGUCCGACGGUGCGGCGGGCGCUGCAAACGUGCAGUUCAGGCAUCUCAACGCCUCCAUCUUUUUGCGCCUAGCCACAAGAAGGACAGCCAUCGAACCAAGGCUGCAAGACGGCUACAAACUGUGUGACUGGCGUAUGGCCUAUGGAGAGAUCUUUGCAACCUGGCUUCGGCGUUUCCACUUCUGGGGCUGGGUUGACCUCGACGUGGUCCUCGGCAGAUUGGCCUUCUUCGGCUACAACGCGUCAGCGCUCACCGACAAGGAUGUGGCUGGGGAGUUCGGAUGGCCUUCUCAGGGGCCGCUGACUCUCCUACGCAACUGCCCCGAGGUGAACCGUCUGUGGAGACGGCUGCCUGAUGUUGCCACCAGGCUUCAGCAUCCCAGCAUCCAACGUUUGAACGAGUGGGCAUUUGGCGACCUUCUAUGGAGCGCCCCGAUCGCUCGCCUUGCACGGCCCUUUCCAACGCAGCUCUCAUCGUCAUCACGGCAUAAUGAAGGCGACAUUAUGUGGCACCAAGGUCGGCUUUGGCAUUUGCCUUCAUGUGGCGAAGCGUCCUACCUCCACUUUGCACACUGGAAGGCUGCUUUUGAAAGCCAGAUUCUGCCGACCGGCCAGGCGUUUCUUCUUGGACCACACGGUGCCAUCGUGCCUUCUGACGCGGCGUGGGCGCGGCUGGAGCACUGUACGUACGAAGAGGCAGAGAAGUCGCGGUGUGGCCAGCCGUAG